UGUUAGGCUGGCUGUCCCGGACGGACGCGGCGCGAAGUUUUGCGUAAAACUUUCACGUAGUUUGCGCGACGAUUGAGCGCGAUUCAGUUAAUGACAGUCAAUUAAAUUUUUAACGAUUAUUUAAGGGCUCUUCGGUGCAUGACCGCCGGCAACAAUCUUAGUUGGUAACUUUUAAUUAUAGUUUUUCAGUGCUUAGGAUGGAUAACGGCGCAUAAUUGUGUGUUUUUGUUUUUCCGGAGGAGGUUUUUUUGGAUAUGUGUGGCUAUGGCUGUGUGACGUUUCGUAUUGACAACCGUGACGUGGUUAAAUCGUUUCCUGUCCAAUAUUGCAGAUGAACAAACAAGUGGAAUUAAUACUAGUUCCAGGAUUAGUGUGGGAUUUGGAGCAGAUCAACAAUUGAAAAGUCAGAUUUAGAAAAAUUUUCGAUUUAACAGGAAGAUGAAGCAGCUUUUUGUAAAACUCAUAUUCCAUACGAUAUUAUCCUCGAUUGUAACAGGUGCGGUAUCGUCCGGACCUGGCCUGAAAUGGGUACGUGUCAACGUGCCGCAAUACCGUGUGCCCGGCGAGACGGCGAUGCUCCAGUGCGACUACGAUCUGGGCAACGAUACCCUGUACGCCGUCAAGUGGUACAAGGAACACGAGGAGUUUUACCGGUUCGUUCCCAAGGCGCGUCCGCAAGCUAACUGGUACAAAGUCGAGGGAGUGCACGUAGACAUGUCUAAGUCAGACAGUAGAAAAGUGGUUCUUCAUCCUGUCAGCUGGAAGACUAGCGGCCUCUUCAGAUGCGAGGUGUCAGCAGAAGCUCCCUCCUUUGCAUCGGCCCAAAGCGAGGCGAGGAUGGAAGUUGUGUCCCUGCCUCAAGAAGAUCCGGUAAUUACCGGAGUGUUGAUGCAGUAUCAGAUAGGGGACGUGAUCAAUCUGAACUGCACUUCGGGAAAGAGUCAUCCGGCGUCCGUACUCCACUGGUACAUCAAUGAACAACAGAUUCAAACUCCGGAAGCGUUAAUCCAAUAUCCCCCGGACCACCACAAACAAGGGCUUGUAUCCUCGACGUUGGGUCUAAAGUUCACGUUGAGCAGCAGGCAUUUCCUCGGCGGUUCAAUGAAGGUGAAAUGCGUGGCGUCGGUGGCGCCGAUACUGAUGAGGGGUGACAGGGAUGUGGUUCAAAACCUGCCCAUCAAGGAUAUGAGGGAGGCUCUACUACUUGUUAAAAGUUCAACGAAUAAACAACAAUCAUCACUAGUUCUCCUGGUAUUUACGACUCUCAUUUUUGUUUGUACGUAAGUGUUCUAGUUACGUAGAUUGUUUUAUAAAAUGGACGUUUGUUCAGAAAUAGCAGUACAAGUCUGAAACAACUUUUGUGAUCAGGUGAUAUAUCCUGCAGACAUACGGUGUGAUAACUUUGUGAAGACGACCUAAUCGGACGUUUCCAAAUGAGAUUACUUAGUGUUAGUGUAUUAUGAAAUAUAAACCCCGCCCUUGAAAAUGUGAAUUGUUGUUAAUUUUUUAAAAAAUUAUCGAAGAUUUUGUAAAAGUGUCAGGAAAUUUUGUAGUAUUUAAAAGAAAAAGUGUUUCCACACAAUUAUUGUACAAUUGUAUUUACCCAGUAUUAUCGGUGUACUUUUUACACAUAUUUACACUUUUACAAAAUCUUGUUAAUUAUUUAUUUGAAGUAAUUUAUAUACUGCUUACAUCAAUUUUCACAUGUACAAACACAUUAAUCAUAAUCGAGUAAUUUAUUCCGAAAGUAUAAAAAAAUGAUUUUAUAUACAGGGUAUGUAAAAUUUCAAUAAAUUGGUGCUCCAAAACAUGUAAGCAGAAUAUAAAAUUGACUAUUUGAAAAAUUAAAAAUAUUUUUAUUAUAAUAAAAUGACGACUUCUGCCAAUAACACAAGUAACAUAAUAUUGCAAACUCUCAGAGUCAAAUCAAUAAGAGUGCGGUAUCUAGAAAGUUGAAUGACAAAUUUUAUAACGUCGUAGUUUUCUAAUAAAAAUAAUCGAAAGAUUUCAUCGAAAUUUCGUUCACCCAUAUAAACCCAAAUCAGAUAAAGUCUUUUAAAUUUCAAGAUAUGGACACUCACUUGACUUCUCCAUUAUUAGCUUGAAAGAGUGAAUAAAUGAAAAUCUGGUUAUCGAUUUUAGAACUGCGAUUAUGAAGAGUGCGAGACAAUUUCUUCCAGAUCUUAGUCUGAAUCGCUCAUCUUAUUGUCGAUGUUGUAUUUUAAUUAAAUGUAAAAUAAAUUUUGUUCAUACUCCUUAGUACAUAAAUGUAGAUGAUACAUGAUCACUGUUGAUGUGAUGGAUAUAAUCAAAAGCUAAAAUUGGUCAUUUAUUUAAAUUCGUGCAUUAUUAUGGUAUGCCAUUUCAUAUCGACGCUGGGUAGGUGUGUUUUUUCCUUAAACAUGGAUGUGUGUUCCUUACUCCCUGUGUACACUUACACACGUAUAAUUUGAUUAAUUUAAUAAACAACGACUAACUUAAGGCUUUGACCUAUUUCCAGUAGUGCAAUAAAGUCUCUUUACAGUUUGUAAAUAUUUUUAUGAAUAUAUUUACUUAAUCUAAAUAUAAUUUAUAUGUGUAAAUAAAGCUAUAAAUGUAAAAUAUAUUUAGUCUAUAAUAAAUUGUAUAAAUUAAUUGUAUGCAAAAUAUAAUUAAAUACUCUUUCGCAUUUAUAUGCAAUUGUUCCAAUGAAGACAAUCUAUUUUAAAGAAACUUUUUUAUAGAAAAUUACUUUUGUCCAUUUCGAAUUAAUCCGCUUAACAUUAUCUGUAUGUCAAUUAUAUUAAUGUUAUUUUAAAUUUCUUUACUUUAAACCUAACCUGGGUGAAAAUCAAUACACCAAAGGAUUUCGCACUAAUUAAGCCUUUCAUAUUUAUGAAUCCUGUUUUAAUGGUUUGUGUAGGGAUAUUUAUUAAUGGUAUUCACUGAUUAAAUUUCUGAUCUAACCCUUUAAAAUAAAUCAGCAUAAGAAUAUAAUCAUAAAAUAUUAUCUUUACAUUUCAUUAAAUAAUUUCCCUUUCUCAAAAUAUGUGUACAAUUUUAAUAUAUUACACUACAUAUAUAUUAAUUAUACUUUAUGUUCUUAAUUAAUAUUUUAAUCAAGGGCAAUUGCCUCAUUUCAUUAAUUUAAUUGUAUUUUGCAAUAUAACUAUUUUUAAGUAAUGUGAUAUUUUGAUUUUAUAUAAAUUUAACAAUAAUAUUAAAGCUUCUGCUGUUAACAAUUUUAUCAUAUAAUUAGUAAAUACGUAUAAUGUUAUAUUACUAGCACAUUUUAUUA